AUGUCUGCCCUUAACCGAAACGAGAAAAUGAAAUGUGAGGACUGUGCACAAGAAUACAGGAGAGCUGAUGCUGCGAGACAUCGAAAAAGAUGUGAAAAACAAAAGGAACAUAAAUGUCCAAACUGUCAUUUUUAUACAAAGAACAAAGAGGAGAUGGAUUAUCAUGUUGCGAAGAAGCAUGCUCAGCCAAUUUCAAAGCAGUCCACAGUUUGUCCUUCUUGCGAACAAGAGUUCCCAAGUUACUACUCUCUCCAACAACAUCAGAGAAAGGAACAUGGAGCAAAACAACGGAAACCCAGUAAUACUGUAGCGGACUUGAACAAGAUUGUGGAAGAAGAAGGGGAAAAUGGUGAAAAGCUAAAGGAGGAACUUAGUGCUUGUCAACAUUUUCUGGUAGAUACGGAGAUGGACAAUGAGAGACAUAAGUUAUUUAACUUCCAAAUGUCCAAGUUAGAUACUAAAAUAAUCAACGAGAAACUUGGAGAAGUCUUGAACAAUCUCGAUUCUGCCGCUAAAAUCAACAUUGCACUGGGGUUUAUUCUUCGAAACAUUGAGAUGUAG